AUGGCAGCGGCACCUGAUGUGGGCGAGACCAAGAAGGCGCCUCUCCUCAGUGAGGGGACCGAGUGGGACCCAGAGUUGACGCGGUCUCCUUUCACUGGUGACGGUCGACCGUCUGAACCCGAGAGAAUACAAAUCACCAUACAUGGCCCAAGUGCCAGUGCCGCCAAUUUAGCACCCAGCAGCCAGUCGCUGGUAGGGUCGGGUGCAGAUGCACCGCCUGGCUCGGAUGAGGGACCACUGACUGGUUUAACAUCAGAUGAGGCUGCAGCAAGGCUUGGCCAAUUCGGGCGGAACGAGAUACCCGAGCAUGUUGAGCCUUGGUAUGUCAUGCUGGGAAAGCAGUUCGUUGGCAUGAUGCCUUUCAUGCUCAUCGUUGCUGCAGCGCUUUCUGCCAUCACAGAAGACUGGGCCGACUUCGCAGUUAUUGCGCUCAUGUUGGUUGUGAAUGCCUUUAUUGGUUUCCAUGAAGAGUUCAAGGCACGCCAGUCCUUGGACGCACUCAAGGCUCAAAUGACGGCUACGGUUCCUGUGAAGCGCGAUGGGAACAUGAUCAUCGUUCCUGUUGCGGACCUCGUGCCAGGUGAUGUGAUUUUCCUGCGUGGUGGGAACAUCGUCCCAGCAGACUGUGAGUUCUUGGAAGGCGACGAGAUGUUGGUGGACACGGCUGCUUUGACCGGUGAGCCCAUUCCACGCAAAAUUCCUCGUCCGGAUCGCGAAGGCGAGGCGACGGGAUCAGGUAAGUUGCUGCUGUCAGGCUGCAUUGUGAAGCAGGGUGAGGCCCACUGCGAAGUCAGGGAGACAGGGCUGAACACAGAGAUAGGGCAAGCUGCCGGCCUUGUGGCAGAAGCCUCUGGCCAUCGGCCGGGCAUCUUUGAGACCAAGAUCAUGCAAGUGGUGCAUGCUGUUAUAUUGCUAGCGCUCGUGGAUGCCGGUGUCGUGCUUUAUGUUGAUGUCGCCCACCGGGGAACUCCGUUCUCCAAGGCGCUCCUCAAUGUCCUGGCGUUGGUGAUCGGUGCUGUGCCCAUCGCGCUUCCGCUGGUAAUGCAGGUGACAAUGGCGAUCGGAGCGGCAAGCAUGGCUGGCAAGAAAGCAAUUGUCACACAUCUAACUGCCCUCCAAGAAAUCGCAUCCAUGACGGUCUUGUGCUCCGACAAGACCGGCACCUUGACAACAGCUGAUAUGAGGGUCCUGCCUCACAGAACAUGGACUCGCAAUAGGCUGCCAAAAGAUGAUGCGCUGCUUUAUGCAUGCUUGGCAUCCAACCCAGCAAACAAGGAAGACCCGAUAGACAAGGCCGUCCUGGGUUCAGGGAGUGAACACUUUGGAGUCGAUGAGGCCGAGCAGCUUAUGGCGAGGUACAAGAAGACGAAGUUUGUGGGCUUCAACCCAACCGUCAAGCGGACCGUUGUUUAUUGCGAGCACGAAGAGAAGGGCAAGCUAAAGAUCUCGAAGGGGCUUGUGGACAAAGUUCUGAUCACCGGAGAAGAUGGAGGAGACUGCUGGGAGUGCGAGGAUGCCAUGGUUCUUAAGGAUGAGUUAAAGGAGGUGGACCUUCGCUUGUCAUCGCAAGGGUACAAGACGGUCGGUCUGGCGGUCUCCGAAGGCGAAGGCCCCAUGCAGUUUGUCGCCAUCAUCCCUAUGCUGGACCCCCCACGGCAAGACACACAAGUUACUAUUUUCCGGAUCCGAUCGGCUGGGAUCAAUGUCAAGAUGAUCACCGGCGACCACUUGAACAUAGCAGUGGAAACAAGCCGCCUGAUCGGUCUCGGGACAGGCAUUCUCCCUGCUUCUGACUUGUGGCCGGCAUCAGCGACUCGAGAUGAGACGAUUAUGACAGCGGAUGGAUUUGCACAGGUUCUCCCCAAGGACAAGCGGGAGGUCAUAUUGGUGCUGCAGAAUCGGGGACUCGUUGUCGGCAUGACUGGUGACGGAGUUAAUGAUGCUCCGGCAUUAGCUCAAGCUCAGAUCGGCAUUGCAGUAGAUGGCGCAACCGAAGCAGCACGGUCAGCGGCGGACAUCAUACUUACAUCCCCAGGACUUUCCGCCAUUUUCGAUGCCGUCGUCGAGUCGAGGAAGAUCUUCGCUCGGUUGAGGUCGUAUGUGUUGUACCGCAUCGCAGCCACCAUCCAAAUCGUACUGGUGUUAUCGGUACUCAUUUAUGCAUACAAUGACACCAUGCCUGCGAUCUAUGUGAUUUUGCUUGCCCUGGUGAAUGAUGUUACCAUGCUGCCGGUUGCAAGUGACAAUGCCUCCCCGUCGGCACUGCCUGAAAUUCCUUCGAUGCCAUCGAUUCUUUUGGCUUCUUUCCUUUAUGGUAUUCUGGGCACGGCUCAGACGAUGGCCUUGUAUAUGUCGGACCUUCUAGAGGGAGAUGGCUCUGAUGAGUAUCGCAUGGCAGUGACAUACCUUCAGAUGUCCAUUGCAGUCGAGCUGUUUAUCUUCUCGUGCCGGACCCCUGUGUAUGUCUUCAACCUCUUUCGGUCGGACGCUUUGCCAUUCGUGCUCCUGCUGGUGUGCGUCAUGGGUGGCAACAUUCUGGUCUCGCUGCUGGCUGGCUUCGGGGACACGUUUAAGAUCGUGCACAAAGUAGCUUGGGUCGACAUUGGCUGGAUUUGGUUAUACGACUUGCUCGGGUUGUUGGUGAUUGAUUUCUUGAAGCGCUUCUUCAACAUCGUUGGCCUUGACUGGAUGUCGGCUGGAGCUGGUGGCGAUGUGCUUGGGUAUCCGAACUUGCCCGACGAGUUCCAUCACGCGAGCCAUCGAUCCACUUUACUGCACCACAGAUCUAGCGUCAGGAGCGUCCUGUACCACAGUCGACUCUCCACGAUCUCGCAGGCAAAGAAGAGGUGGUGGGCUGGCAGCCGGCGCCAUGCACGCGAAGCCAUCCGGUUCAACUUUGCCAUUCCCGCACAAUCUGCGGGCGCAGGCACUUCGGCACCUUCACUCGUUCUAGCCACGGUCUUCACGAUGAAAACGAGCUUGAGCAAGUUGUGCUGGUGCGUAGAUGCCGUGGAGUCGGUCAGCAAGGGGGUUGCGAUUGGAGAUGUCGUGAUUGCCAAUUGGGCCGCGGCCUCUCUUGGUCGCUCCGCAUGGUUAGGACUGCGGACAUUAAAGUCCUACAUGACUGGACAGCCCGAUGCAGAGGUCCCUAUCUUCCUGGAAGACCUCUUGAAAUGCACAGUUGAGAAGCCGGCGGCCGAGCAAAUCGCUCACCAACGGUCGGGGCCCUUGCGCUUGACAUUGCUGGCCAUCGAUCCUCACGAGCCGAACGGCGUGUCCAGAAAGGUAGAGGAACUGCUUUGCAAGCCUUUCGACGAGGCCUUGAAGCAUUGCCCCGCACUGGCUGAGUACAUUCAGAAGAACAGCAGCAAGGAGGAGUUUCGUCAGCACAGAAUGUGCGCUCCGCAAGAGCUUCGGCAAGUCCUUGAAGAGAUCGUGGACCCUGAGGCAGCCGCAGCUAAUGUGGCGGAGACCGAGGCAUUUCUGCGCAAUCGUAGUUCGCUUGUGGAGGAUCCACUGCCUGAAGGUGCUGAGCACUCUGCAAGUUCAGACAAGCUUGUGGUCAGACAGGACGUGAAUCGGGAACAAGGCCUUGACAUUGACCACUACCAGGAGGACGAUCAGUUUGCUGAUCUUGAUAUAGCCUCUGCAGUCGACCGGUUGCUUUCGAUGCCUUUCGAAGCAGCCAUGAAGACGAGCAAAGAACUGAGAGACUACGUGAGAAAUCCGAAACGAAGCAAGGACGAGAUCGCCGACUUGGAGGCGGAAUUCGCGCAAAGUUGGAGCUUGGAGGCUCCCACGGAAUUGCGGGACAUUUUGGAGGAGCUCCUUUUCCCCGAUGUGGUUGCUGCCCGUCAGGCUCGGGAAUCUCGCGAACCAAUCGCACGCCUCUGA